ACGCUUCAGGGUUAGAAGGAAAACUAGUAGUUGUGGAAAGAUAAGAAACCUUCAUAAAACGACAAAAUAUGUAUUGUAAAAAGUUUUCAAAAUAUUUUAAUUUCCUUUUCCUCCAAAGCCCCAUAAGAUAGUAAACUAAAUGGGUUUCUCUGUAGACCCUGAGUGUAACUGAGCUCGUCAGUUAACAUAGGCUGUUCAGUUCUGUAGUACCGCACCCACUCAGAUACUUUGAAAUUUCGAGGAUUUUACUCAAAACAUUUCCCAGAUUUUGGUGAAUAUUUCUCGACAACUCGAUUGGAAAGUAUUGUGAAUUCAAACUUAAAAAUGAUUUUCCGAGUGACAAACUUUGGUUCCCAACAAGUUUACUAAUCUAUUAAAAACAGGUAUGCUGUGUUACUGCCAAGGUAUAUGUCCUGAUGGGGCUAGAAAUGGGACCUGCGUGGCUCCCCCUGGAGCCGGAUGCUUCGCCUCCGCCGAAGAAGUUUACGACUCCGAGACGGACACUCUUGUCGCAGAACGAACCUACGGUUGUCUGCCACCAGAGGAGCGUGGACUCAUGAUGUGUCGAGGAAACCUGUCCCCUCAUGCAACCCCACUGUCGAUAGAAUGCUGCAAAUCCGGGGACUUUUGUAAUCGCCAACUUUACCCGAUGUACGAGCGUAAGGACGACUAUGAAGAAUAUGAGGAUACAGGAGGAACAGGAGGUAUUAAUCCUGCUGUAUUCCACCUUGUUCUUCUCUGUACUGUCACUGUAUGUGUUGUAUCUCUUGUAUUCUUCGUAACCUGUCUUUAUCUGAAAUAUAAACGACGGGAGAUUGACCGGCAGCGGUAUAUUUACAGGCAGGCGCAUCAGUCAGAUGCAGGGCUGGGUCCAGGGGGGUCAUUAAAGGAACUCUUGGAACAAUCCAGUGGAACAGGAGCAGGGCUUCCCUUGCUGGUUCAGAGAACAAUUGCUAAACAGGUUCAAAUGGUUGAAAAAAUUGGGCAUGGUAGAUAUGGAGAGGUUUGGUUAGCUACAUGGAGAGGGGAACGGGUAGCAGUUAAGGUUUUUUAUACAACAGAAGAGGCUUCUUGGUUCAGAGAGACAGAAAUAUAUCAGACGGUGUUGAUGCGCCACAACAAUAUCCUUGGUUUUAUAGCAGCAGAUAUCAAGGGUUCAGGGGGUUGGACCCAACUUCUCCUGGUUACAGAUUAUCACGAGCUAGGAUCUCUUCACGACUACUUGAACAGGAACACCUUGGACACCGAGCAGGCCGCCAUCCUUUCACAUUCCAUAGCUUGCGGUCUUUCUCAUCUUCAUACAGAGAUAUUUGGCAGUAAAGGGAAACCUGCUAUAGCCCACCGGGAUAUUAAAUCUAGAAAUAUAUUGGUGAAAAACGAUGGAACGGCGGCCAUUGCCGAUUUUGGGUUGGCCGUGAGAUAUACUGGGGAAACUGGGCAGGUGGAUAUUCAGCCGAAUAAUAGAGUCGGUACAAGAAGGUACAUGGCUCCAGAGCUUCUCUCGGAGACCCUGGAACCCUCGUCCUUUGAAUCGUAUAAAUCCGCGGAUAUUUACUCCUUCUCCUUGGUCCUCUGGGAGAUAGGCAGGAGAACAAGAACAUCAGAUAAGAAGGAUGAGGUGGAAAGUUAUGAACCUCCAUAUUUUUGCUGUGUACCCCCUGACCCCUCGACACUAGAAAUGUACAAUGCUGUUUGUGUAAAGAAGAUUCGCCCACACAUUCCUGACAGAUGGGCUAAAAGUGAGAGUAUGACGUAUAUCUCCAGAUUAGUAAAGGAAGGCUGGACGGAGAACCCUGCAGCCCGGCCUACUGCUCUCAGAUAUAAGAAGAAUCUCAGCAAACUUAUUCCUGCCCCGCCCUCCCCUGUCCUGCCCCCUCGCUCUGGUUCACCAGUCAGAAUAGUUUAAUCAUCGAACCAGGGUCCUUCUUUUUAAUGCUUUAAAAGAAUUUGUUUGAAAUCAUUCUGAA